AUGCCUAAGAACAAGGGAAAGGGAGGCAAGAACCGACGUCGUGGAAAGAACGAAAACGACAACGAAAAGCGUGAACUCACGUUCAAGGAAGAAGGCCAAGAGUAUGCACAGGUUGUCAAGAUGUUGGGCAACGGCCGCCUAGAGGCCCUCUGCUUCGACGGCGAGAAGCGCCUGGCACACAUCCGAGGCAAGCUGCGGAAGAAGGUCUGGAUCAACCAGGGCGACAUCAUCCUGCUGUCUCUGCGCGACUACCAAGACGAAAAAGGCGACGUCAUUCUGAAGUACUCGGCCGACGAGGCCCGAUCACUCAAAGCGUACGGCGAACUGCCCGAGACGGCUAAGAUCAACGAGACGGACACCUACGGCCACGAAGGUGUCGAUGACAACGUCGAGUUCGACGAGGACAGGAGCAGUGAUUCGGACAAGGACGUUGAUAUUGACGACAUUUGA